AUGAAGCCAUUCUUGCUCACCUUGUCGAACGAUGCACGUCUCUCGGGCAUAUAUUCCAUUCCUGGCAAGACCACUACAACCCCGCCGUAUCGACCCUUGAUAGUUGCAAUACAUGGAGGCACCUACAGUUCACAAUAUUUCGACACCCUCCCGGAACACUCUGCUGGAACAGUAUCCAGAGCAACUGGGGUUUCUUUCGUGGCCAUUGAUCGUCCGGGAUACAGAGACAGUUCAUCCCUGCCGUCUGUGCCGAAUGGAUCAACAUAUGCGCAAGAAGAAGGAAAGUAUUUGCAUCAAUAUAUUCUGCCCAAGAUAUGGGAGGAGUACGGCGUGCCAUCCGGCGCAAGUACGAUGGUGGUGAUGGGACAUUCACUUGGCUGUUCUCCCUGCGUUAUUGCUGCAUCCUUGCACGCUCAGGAGCCAGUAGUGCAAUAUCCAUGGGCAAGUGUAAUUCUUUCCGGUCGGGGCAUGGUGUCGGCUUUCCCCAAGUCACAAGGCGAAGAACAGCUGGCACGAGGGAGAGAGUUGGGUUACGUGGAAUUUCCUCCGGGGGCGAAGGAUUUUUUGAUGUUUGGUGACGCCCAGCUGGGACUGGCGAGUGCAGAGAUGCGUCGGGUCUCGGAGGAAAUCACACAUCGGGCGCCCUUCGGAGAAUUUGAGGACAGAAGACUUCACUGGGACAACUACUGGAAAGGAUACGCGGAGCAGGUGAAAAUGCCAGUGUUGGCAGCCAUCGGAGAGCGAGACUCGCUGUUCCACGCAUCGCAGCAGGACAUUGAGGAAUUCGGCCGGGCAUUCAGCAACUCGCCGAAAGUCGAGGCGGUGCUGGUUGCCAAUGCUCCUCACUGCUUGGAGCUGAGUUAUUGGGGACCUGCUUGGCUCUUGAGAUGUUUUGGAUUCGCGAUUGAAUGUGCCACGAGUGUAGCUUUACAGCCUGAUAGGCAGAAUUAG